CAAUAUAUUUAUCUUCUCCGCAAAUAGUCGUUUUUAUUACUUUCAGCAUUUCUCUUGAUCAAAGUAUCUGUUGCUUCGACAUCUCUUUGUCGCUUCCUUCUGACACCAUCAUGCGUUCGCGCUGGUUUGCUCAAAGCGAGGUCGCCCCGGGUACAAUCAUCCAGCUGAUGAAAGCCAAGUGGGUGAUCCACGAGAUAGCUAGUGAGCACUGCUUCCAGCUUAACGAGGACGAUCUGCGGGACAGACAUGACCCCUCCUUCGCCUGUACUCGUCUGAUCUGCGAAGCACGUGGACCGAAUGGGCCUGUUCAGGGUCAUAUGCGUUAUUAUAAGCAGAUCCCCAUUGGAGGAACGGAAGCUGAGCCUCCUAUCAUACGAGCCAAGCAAGCAGAAUCCUUUAGUCCACCGGAACUAGUGUACCUACGCACUUUGACCCAGAAGGGAUCAACCAUCACCCCCCGUCUGCUGGACAGCAAAGAAGACAAGCAGGAUAAUACUGGCUUUGUUCCCGGUGGAUUCGUCAUUUGGGUUGUGUGGGCAGUGGUACCAGGACUCCAACUGGGUAAUGAUAUCGGCUCUGCACCAUUCUGGGGGUUGAGUCGGCAAGAGCGGGAUGCAGUGCGUCAAGCAUUCAAAGACAAUAUCAGUAAGCUUGACAACUGGGGACACUUACCUUACCCUGAACAAGCUAAGAACCUUGUGUGGGAUUCUACCACGGGAAGUUUGUAUUAUAUCGGAUUUCUCCUCACCUGCCAGGCCAAUCCACGAGCUUUCUGGUCUCCCGCCAGAUGGGCAGGUUGGGGUCUGGCAAGGCCUCCAAGGGAAUGCCGGGAUUGGAAUAGAAUCACAGAGGGCUGGGAGCUCUAGAGUAUUCUAUUUAUUGCUGGGUUACUGCCAGGUCAGCAACUGGAUGCCCCCGGGGAAGGCCAUCAUUUCGGUUUCAAUCAGCGUAUCUGGACGUCCACCUGCAAACCGGAACUCAAUGUGUGUUAGCAGGGUGAAAAUAUCAUGCAUGUAGAUGUAU